GGCUGUCCUUGGCGAUUGGCAGUGUACGGACAUGGCAGAAGGCCAAGGCGGCGGUGCUGCCAUGGAUGCCGCGGUGCCGCCAUCUGCGGAAGAGGCGGCCGCGGCUGCCACCAGACGAGUGAGGCGGGCGAAGUUUUGCGUGGUGUGUCAGACCGUGAAGAUGGAUGGCGCCGAGCACAAGAGCCGAAGAGGCCACGAAGUCAGAGCUUUGACGCAGGAGGACAAGGACGCAGCGCUGCAGCAGGCGGUCGUCGAAGCUCGCGGUGGCGCGGACGCCCGCAGGGACCGGGUGGCCAGGCAGCAAGCGGAGCAGAGGGAACGGCACAAGGCGUUGCCCGAGCACGCUCCCGAACAGCCUGUGGCGGGCCUGUCGUUUUGCAUGACCUUUGGGAAGUACAAAGGUUUGACAGUGGGCGAAGUGCAGCGGAAGGGCCGGGGGCACCUUCCCCACGUGGUCGCUUCAGGCAUCGCAGACAACAAGCCCGUGUUGAAGAAAGCCUUAGGGGAAGCCAGGCUCUGGCAGGCCAUGGCCAGCAGGGCCCCCGAGGCCAGAAUGGAACCCGCGCUAGGGGUGGUUGCUCGGGCCGAAGCCGAGAAGGGCCAGGAGUUGCAUCCGGAGUUGCGGCUUUCGACCGCGACGAGGGUCGUCGUCAAUUGCAGCGCGUGCGGGUCUCGCGACCGCAAGACGCCGAGCUGCCCCGUCGCCGCGCGCGGGGCCGUGGCGACUCUCCAGGCCAGGGGGCGCCUGCUGUCCAGGAUUGCCUGUCAGAAGAGCGAGAGAAAGGCUAAGUUGGCGUCGCGCUUGAAGUGCAGCUCUCUGCGCCAGCGGACGAUGGAGGGGCGGCCCCGAGCGCGCGCCAGGGCGCGCGCGGUGGUCAGCGGGCAGAUGCUCAUGCGCGUGGCCCCUUCUGACCUUGCCCAGGAGCUGGUCCGUUGCGGCCUGUUGGUCGACCUGCAGGGGAUGCGCUGCCCCCUCAAGGGGUGCCUCGAGGGAAAGGAGGUCCGGUGCUGCCCCGACAGGUGCAAGGCGUGCCGCGGGGGGGUGCCCGUGACCUUCGGUAGCCCCGUCUUCCGCGGCGCGGGCGGCGGGCAGUUCGGCGCGACGUGCCAGGCGAAGGCCAUGUGGAAUUGCGUGCAGGGCGCUUCCCUGACGUUCACGUGCUUCGAGCUGAACGUGAACGAUGAUAGGGUUCAGCGGUGGUGCGACCGCGCGAGGGGGAUCGCGGCUGCCGACGCCGUGAUCCGCCAGGACAGUGAGGCCGACGAGUCUGUGGUAAAGUCCUUCAAGCAAGAGGUCGACGGCGAGGAGCCUCGCUACUUCUUUAACGUAGUUCUCGGAGUGGUGGAGCGGUCCAAUCCGAACACUUUGUGGCUGCGUUUCUUGCCGCUCGAAGAAUCCGUGGGCGAGGGCCGCGUUGGGCCCUUCGAGGGCGACGCGUGGGUCGGUGUCAUGGGCGAGAUAUCCAG